AUGAAUAUUUCCCAUAUUGCUGUCUUUAUAUCGGAUCACGGAAUUGGACAUACUGCUAGGCUUGCUCCAGUAUUGAAUGAAUUACAUAAAAACUUCCCGAGUGCUAUCUUUCAUAUUGUGAGUGGAGUGAAUAGGUUCUUCCUCAAGGAGAGACUUCAGGAAAUACCAGAACAACAGAUUAGAAUUUUAGGAACAAAGAUUUCUGUAGGAUUGAUUGAGGAACAAAAUUCUGUAUCAACAUCUCCUUGUAAAACAAUUGAGCGAUGGAAAAAACAUUGGAGUCAACACUUUGAAUGUUUGUAUGGGGAUGAACAGGAUCACAAUGGAAUUCCAACUGAAAAUUCAAUGAUUUGUGAGAUUGAACAAUUUCUGGAACCUUACCAGAUUGAGCUAAUUGUGUGGGAUGUUCCUGAAAUUGCUCCAGUAAUGGCAAAGAGGCUCAACAGAAAAUAUGGAUUGGAAAGUCGCCUGCCGCUCUCUAUUGGAAUAAGUAAUUGGUGUUGGGAGUACAUUUAUGAACAUUCAAUGUCUCACAUUUCUCUUCCAAAGAGUACAGAUGAAAUUGUUGGAAAUAUUGAUGGACUUGAUGUGAACUAUUCCAAGUUAAAGGAAGAAAAGGAACUCAUGGUAAAGCAAUGUAGAUCUCUAUACUCUAUACAUGGAAAGACUGACAUUUUUAUCCAACUGCCUUACUCUACAAACGAAUUACCAUUUGGAUCGGAUACAAUUAUCGAGUCUACAGAAAAUAGUUGGCCUAUUACGACAACUAUUAAAAAUACAAAAUACACUAAAGAGUAUAUGAAAGAUUGGGUUAUUUCUAAAUCCAAGAUGCCUUCCAAUAAGAAUUACAAGAUUAUGAUGUUUUCAUUUGGUGGGUUAAGCUUUCCUUCACCAACCCUUCUUCAAGAAAAGCAAUUGGAAUGGAACAUUCCAGACGAUUGGAUAGUAAUUGUAAUGUGUGGAAGUUCUGUAGAAAAUAGGAUGCCAAAUGUUGUCAAUUUUUCAUUCCUAGAUCUUGAGAAGGAAAAUAUUGAUUUUGCAAGAGAUUUACUUUUGGCUGUUGAUGUUCUUGUUGGUAAAACUUCAUAUGGUACUGUAACAGAAGUUCUAUUCCACAAGAUACCAACAUUAUAUUUGGAACGAUAUGGUAUGAUAGAACACCCUUAUACGGAGAAGGCCUUAAUAGAAAACAUUGGAGAUUCAUGUGUUUCCAAGGUAGAAGGAGAUGUGGUUAUUAAUGCUCUUCCAUCACUGUUUGAAAAAGCUAACACUGUUCUCAACAAUAUGAUAACACAACAACAGAAAAACAAAAGAAACGACAUUGACUUUGAUGGAGGGAAGACUAUUACAAAUAUUAUUUGUUCCCUUUUGAAUUAA